CGACAUACUCGGCACUCAAACCCAGGGCUCCUGCUCUGAAGUCGGUGCUUUUCAAAAAAAAACAAGUGUGUGUGGGAGCAAUAGUUUCAAGGAAGCCUCUUCCAGUUAUUCAUCACAUCACCCCUUCUGAACCACACAGCUCGGGUUUCGGGGCCAGCCGUGGUCAAGGCCGCGGGCCUCUCCUGUGCCGAGAACAACUGCUGCUGCUCAUGGCACCGCCAGGGCUCCACCUGGCGCCCACCAGGCUGCUUGAUUCCUCCUGCUCCUUGAAGAAGACUCUGCAGUGCAGCUGUUCCUUCUGGGGGACCCCCACGCCCUCCGUGCGGUGGCGGGUGGGGGGCGCUCCCGUGGUCAUGAACCGCACAGGCCUUCGGGUGACUUCUGCCACACUUGGCCCCUGGGCCAACAGCACCAUCCAUCUGACCGAGCCGCCUGAAACAGGCAUGAGCCUGCUCUGUGAGGGCAGGAACCCAGAGGGAACCCACACCCUGACCAUCCUGCUGAAGUCAGGAAGGAGUUCUUUGGUCGCCCAGACUUUCAUGAAAGGGCUGGUUCGGGGUGUGUUCUACGGAGCCAUCGGAGUUACACUGCUCUUCCUCUGCCUCAUCCCACUCAUAGUGAAACAUAUCAGAAUGAAGCAGGCAAAGAAAAUUGCAGCAAUGAAGGCAGAAAAGAGUCCACCAAGGACUCAAGAAGUCUCUAAGGCCCAAGGAACCAGGAAAAUCCAGAGUCACCCCGUCUCCUGAGCACUAGAUAUUGGACCCAUCACCCCAAACUUCCAGGAAGAGCAGGAUAAACUGAAGCUGACAAAGCCUGUGAAAACAACAUUCAUACCUGAAGUCCCCAUCACCCUUGGAGUCACCAAAGUCCAUAGAAUCCUUAGAGACCCCAGGAACCCUGGAGUCUACAACAAACUCGGAGCCCCCAGAGCAUCCUCAGCCCACGAAGCCCUCUCCAGUCCCACCUGCCCCCUCACUGGUUAUCCAUUGAAUAGGGUUACCCGGGACCUGGUCUUUGAACCCCUGAAAGCAAACUCUGUGAUAUGUUGUUUGGAUUAGCCAGAAGACAGGUGCUCCAUCCUGGGAGCUCCUUCAAAAGAAGGAGAAAUAAAGGUGAGAUUGUGAAA